GUAAACGAGAUUUGACCACCGGUAGACCGACAGGUAACAAAAGAGUGGAGAACCCCAUUCACCAACGACGGCGAAAACGGAUAUUCCACCGCUUAGUUCGUUUUCGUAUUCAAAGAAAUCGCUAUCGAUGUGUGCUGUCUCGUUUAGUCGCCGCUUCGUGUUAUCUUCGGUUUUACAAAAAUGCGGUAAAAUUAUACUAAAUGUCAUCGUAAAAAUGAUAGUUUUUUAGUUUGUCUCGUGCUAUUGUGGAAAUUCUUCGUAUUAAUUAAGGAAAGAAAUAAAGCUUUAGGAUAUUAAACAGAAAAGAAAUGGAGAACAAUAACUACGCAAUGAACAAUAAGGAGCAGAACAAUAAAACGAACGAACACACUGCUGAAAACGAAACUGGUUCUAGUCCUGCAUUGAAUACCAAUCACGAUCAUCAUAUUUACAACAAUUUAAACGGUAACAAUGGAAAUGCAAACGGAUCACUAAACAACAGGUUAAUAGAAACGCCGAAUCCCACUCAAGUUAUUUGUCUGAAUACCACGGUCCCACAGAAUAUCGCAGCUCGAAAUUUAGGCGAUAAACACACGCCAACAAGAAACAGCUUGAGGCACAGCAGAAUGAUCGUCAUGAAUAGGCACGGAAAAGUUCCAAAAAAAUAUCUUCCACUUAUAAUUAGAAGCUACAAAUUAGUGAAAUCAAUGAAAAUUGUCACCAUCCUCUUGGGAAUAGCUUUGUCUAUUCUGUCGGUAUGGUUUGUUCUCUGGACACCAACUCUUACUUCAAAAGACUAUCCUUACUGGAGUGCAGUUCCGAUAUUUUUCUCUGGUGUAAUUGGAUGUGCCUUUUUAGGAUUCUGCCCUAGACCAUAUCCAGGUCGAAAGUUAGGCGCUCAUUAUCACAUAUCUAAAUUCGCCAGCAUCGUCUCUACGUCAGUCUCAAUCAUGGCGGCGAUCGUGGUACUCAUCCUAGCCGUCCUACACUUACUCUUCAUCCAUAGCACUACCUGCUUACCUCACGACAAGUUCAACAAGACCUGCGUAUGUUCACCAAACGUCACUAGCUCCGUCUAUACCGACUCGUAUCACUACGAAGAUUUAUCCUGCGAUGAAGUCGACGUUACCCUUAAUGUUUUACUGUUAGUUUCGUGCAUUCUUAAUUUAAUAGCUAUAGUUUUAGAAACGUUUUAUCUUUACGUACACUGGACAAGUACGAGGAAAUACGUGUACACUAAAGUGCCGCUGAAAAAUUCAGAUGAAGUUACAGAACGACAAUGUUAAAAGCGACCACUUACAUAUUAAUUAAAAAAAAAUAUAUUGCCGUAGUUAUAGAUAGAAUAGACAAAGAUCUGUGAUUAUUUAUGUUGUAAUUUCUUUGGGGCCAGUGUACUUAUAAAAAUAAUCAAAAAUAUUUCCAUUAACUUUUACAAAAUUUUAUAAAGGGCGAUUUAGACUUGCAGAUAAUAGUUCGGGGCACUUAUGAUUUUAUUGGGAACAAAAUAACAUAAAGCUGGGACUAGUCUUAAACGAUAGCUUUUAUAGCCCGAUUGAACAUACUAAAAGUCCCCAUAUCUCCCACUAGGGGAACACUGUCAUAAUGACGCCGCUAUCUUGGAUUUUUGACAUUUUUUUCUUAAUCUGGUCUUUACUCAAAAACUACUUAUUUUUAGAAAAAUUAUGAAGAGGGAAAAUUUUAAGACCGAUAAAAAUACUCUAAAUAGAGAUACCUCUGACCUUCCUAAGUACUACCCUUAUCAAGAUAUAUGUCUUGAAGUACCACUGACAUAUCGAUUUACUACAAAUUUUAAAAAAUUUAAACUAAAAUAACUUGGAUAAUUUUCCGUUUUGCUCGAGAGGUAAACAUUUAGUCAAAAAUCUAUGCACCGUCCGAUAGUACUUGCAGUACUAUCUAGCACUAACCAAGUACUACCCAACAACUGGCGAGUACACAAUAUCCUUAUGAACUAAUGUAUAUUAUUACUUCGAAGAGUAAAAGUUAUUCACAAAUUAUAAUUGGCCAAAAAUAUCUAAACCGCCUAACAAUAUUUGCAGUGCUGCCUAGUACUGCCCAAAAUGCGGUGUAUAACUACUGCCUACAGUUGUUGAUCUCUCGAUUAUGCAUGAAAACUAAUAAAAAAUUUGAAGCUAAUUAGUUUUUGAUCAUACACUCGUAUAUAGGAACAGCGAAUCUAUCCAGAUUUUGAAAUAGUCGAGGAAAGAAAACGUCAAAAGACUGGGUACUUCUGAAGAAUACCAGUUAACACGUUUAUUUUGUCGCUAUACAUACAAAAAAUAUAACUAAAAACUAAGGUAUCAACAUUUCUUCCUCAGGCUCGAUACCAUUCAUCGGAUUUAAUUCGGGGAUAUUAUCGCAAGAGUUUCCUUGGAAAAAUCUGCAUAAAUUUGAGCAAAAAAUGCUAGAUUUUUUACAGCUGCAUUGCUUUGUGCAUGAGGUUUUGCAGUUACAAAAAAUCAUCUUUAAAAUAAAUUCAGGAGCUACUUCUUGCUCCUUACUCAUCCCCACUCCAAUGGAUCAGGAGAGUAGCCUAACCAUUCUUGUAUUUGGAUAUAAAUUCUAAAGAUAUGGAAUUUUGCGGAAUCUGUGGUGGGAGGAAGAGCAGCCAAAUUGAAGUUUGUGCUAAGAUUUUGUCUAGCGGUUAUAGCAUUGUAUUUUUUAAAUCUUAAUUCAUCUAGUGAAAUUACUGAAGUUUCUCCGUAAAGAGAUAUACUAAAAAGCGCUCGCCAGCUUUCAAGACAUCAUCCUUAGCAGCAUUUGCAUGGUAAAAUACAGAAACAGCAUUUCUUAGCUCAGGAUUCUUCUCUAGAAGUUGAAGAACUUUAGUUUUCCGAUAUUUUAUAAACCACUAACUGUGUCGCAACCACCUGCAGCGUGAAUAAUUCAGAGAAUGGAUUUUCAGAUUUUUUAACAGCCGGCGUCUUUUAGAUGGUACCUAUAUGUAGUACAUUUCAGGAAGAUUUUCCGAAAAUGGAAUAUUUUGCAUGCUUCAUUAGAAACACGGCGUGCUAAUAAAUAAAAAUUUGCAUGACACAAUAUAAUAACUAAAAGUACACCGCUCGACGACACUACUUGCAGUACUGCCUUGUACUACCCAAGCACUACCUAGUACACAAAUUCCGGCCCUAGUCUGCCUAAGUACCAUCAAAGUUCUGCACAAGUAUUGCCUAAGUAGAAACUUCCCAGCUAUCUACUGUUUAAUCGACUGCUCAGAAAUAAUAUGUAAGCCACCCGACAGUAUACUUGCAGUACUGCCCAAAAAUUUUUACAGCUACUGUCCAAAAUUUUUCAUCCAUCGAUCUUGUCACUAGCCUUUUUAUAAACAGCAAAAUAUUUACUUAAUUCAGAUUAAAAACGAAAACUCGCCAAAAAAUGUUAUGUUGGUGCUCCUUCUACGUACCUAUCUUGGUAACGGUGCUACCUAGGAACCUCGAAGGUACCUUUAAUUAUAGAAAUUUUAUCGGUCUUUUAUUUAUCUUCCAACAUAUUUUCUUUAAAAGUUAAAAGUUUUUGAAUAAAUGGCAAAUUUAGGAAAAAAUGCCAAAAAUCCAAGAUGGCGGCGCCAUUUUGACAAUGUUCCCCUUAUGGAAGGCCAUGGGGACUUUUAGUAUGUUCAACAGGACCCUUAAAACUAUCAAUUAAGACUAAUCGCAGCUUUAUGUUAUUUUGUUCCCAAUUCGCCCUAUAGGAAAUUUCUAAGUGCCCCGCAUUGUAAUUUUAAUAAACCAGUUUACGCAAGCCAUUUUGUACAAAAUCUGUCUUUCGUUUACGCAUUCACUUAGUUGAUGCUAUUUGUAACUGUCUUUAUUUAAAUAUCCUAAAAGACAUAAACAUAUUGUCAAAAUAACCAAUGUAAAAUUAUUUAAAGACUGCUCAGCGACCGUUCAACGUUACGUCAUCAUUAUUUGUCAAAUAUGAGUUUUUGGGUAUGUCUGAGAUCAGUUCAUAUCGAAGAUAAAAUUUUAAGUACGUUCCUAUAUUAUUGAUAUUGAGCGAGUUCCUCAUCAAUAUGAACUUCCUCAUCAGUUAUGUUAGGUUAGGUUAGUUCCAAUCCUUUGGACUGUUGAAAUUCUUAUUUCUAAAGUAUCAGCAACUCGCUAUAUUAUUUAAUUCCGUCAAUAAAAUUAUAACCCCAAAUCAAAUGACAAUGACAGUUACUCAAAAGAAUAUGCAGUAGUUUACGAAAUGCCGUAAUGACGUCACCGGUCUCUCUUAUCUGGUUGUCAAGUGAUUGAGAGAGUUCGACAAUAUAUGACGUGACGUUGAAAUAUAGCUGAACAUUGUAUAAAACCAGACUGCACUAAUAUCAGUUAAAAAUAAAUAAAGUAUAAUAAAAGUAUCUGAGAGUUUAAACACCCCCUUUUAAUACAUAAUACAAAUAUUUUUAUUUAUUAUGGAUAACCAAUUAUUGAAUAUUACCCAGCUAAUAUUAUAAAAAAAUAAUCCCAAAGAAUUUUUUGUUUGUUAACAUUCAACAUUUUUGCUUAAAACGCUUUGGUUAAAAAUUUACAGUUUUUUUACCUGUCAUUGUGUGAACACAAUUUUUAACGUCAGGUGUAAACUAUUUAGUUUAUUAAUAAACCAACUUUAGUUACCUAGUUGAACCAUUGAUAGACUAAGAUCAUUACUAAAGUUUAACGAUAAAAUUAGAAGUAAUUCUGUAUCAACGCCAAGAACUGAAAAUAUAACUAUUGUUGUGUUUAUGUUUUAACUUUUUAAAUCAUUCUUCAAUGCCGAAAAUUUUACUAUACAGGGUGGUCCGAACUAUAUUCCGGAAACUUCGGCAGCAUAUUCUGCUGAU